AUGGACCAUCUUAAAGAAGUUUUUGAGAUUCUACGGUUUAAUAAGUUAUUUGUGAAGGAAUCAAAGUGCACAUUUGCUCAACCUUAUGUGGGUUAUUUAGGCCAUGUUAUUUCAUCUGAAGGUGUUUCAGUUGAAGAUGAUAAAAUUAAGAGCAUUCUCUCUUGGCCCAUUCCUAGUAUAAUUAAGGAACUUCGAGUAUUUUUGGGUCUUGCCGGUUAUUAUCGCAAGUUUGUUAAGAACUUUGGACUGAUUAGUCACCCCUUAACUCAAUUAUUGAAGAAGGAUGCUUUUGUCUGGACUGAAGCUGCAACAUCUUCUUUCAAGCAACUACAACACGCUCUAACUACAACUCCUAUAUUAAUAUUACCAGAUUUUGACAAGGAUAUUUAUCUUGAAUGUGACGCUUCUGGUGGAGGUCUAGGUGAUGUCUUAAUGCAAUCUCAAUGA